AUGAGGCUUAGAGCGUCCACUGUGACUGCCCUGUCGUCCAUGGACCUCAUACAGGAGGGCGCUAUCGCUCUGCACCUGGCCGCGGAGAGAUACGAUCCCCAGAGAGGCGUGAGGUUCUUCACCUACGCCGACUGGUCGUUGAGGGCGGCCUUCGAAAGGGCGGAGGCGUCUCAAGCGACGACGAUAGCCAUACCGCGGUACGUGUACGUACAGAAGCGGCGCCUCAAGGCAAUACUCGGGCAACACUGUGGGCCCCAGACAAGUCAGGAUCUAGCAACGUCCCUCGGCAUUUCGGAACGCCAGUUGGCCAAGCUUUUGCGGAGGGCGAAGGAUUGCCAAUCUAUGAACAGGGUCCUUGUUUCCAGCGGGGUCGCGCUGGGAGAGAUGAUACCGGGGGCUCAAUCGUGUGAGGACAUUUUGAGACGAUUGGACGCGGAGGCAUCGCUGGUCGGAUUGCUCGGAACCCUCAAACCGCAGGAGGAGGAGGUGAUCGUCCACCGCUACGGGCUGUUCGGCCGAAGAAGAAAGUCUACGCCGGCGGUGGCCGCGGUCAUGGGGGUCAGCCGACAGUACGUCGGGCGCGUUCAUCGGUCCGCGCUUGAAAAGAUGCGAGCGUCUUUCGAAGCAGACCAACAACCAAGGUUUCACCCCAAGACCAUGGGCACCAAUGCCGGCUCCGCCGGCGGCGGCACCGCGUCAACCGCCGUGGCUAGCCGCCACCACCGCUAGGUAGCGCGCUGUCGCGCGCCUGACCCAAUCCUGGAUGAAACGAUCGGAGUUCAAGCUUUGAGGAGGCGUGGUAGUGACGGAACAGAAUAGCGUGUCUACAUUUUCUUAUGUACGCAUGACACGGUGUCGUCAAUAUGUACAGAACACGCCACAGCGCAAGAAACUUUCAUUCUGCGCGCGACCCUCGCGCUGUAUUUGGUCUGAGGGUCAGCCAUGAUAGGUGGUGCGGGCACGGCUCAAGUUCUUAUAUUUCGUGAAUAUCGAUCUCUCAAUUCCCCCGAGGCCAACUUAUUGAGUGUUGGCGCGUGUUGUAUUGGUUGAACAUCAGCUUAAAAGCAACCCUUUUGAUGCUACUUUUCUUGGAAUGCUUGCAUACGAUAUACUUCGAAGUAUUUCUUUUUGUGUAUCGUGGGAUCGAGAGAGAGAUAGAGAUGGAAAGAUAGAAAGAGAGAGAUGAACCAGAGAGAGAGAGGGAGAGAGAGAGGUGUAAAUAUUGUGUGCGUGCUUCGGCGUGGUUUUUAUGUGUGCCAAUGUUUCUGGCGAAGCUUGUUGUCCCACCAGAGCGCUAUUUUUCAUGUGCGAUCGAUAAAUGCGAAUUCUGUUC